AUGUGGCUCUUGGAGCAGGAAAAUGUCUUCGAGGGCCGACAGCUCUGGCUUCGCCCCGGCAAGCUCUACCUCUUUGGCCGCACCGCCUCGGAACCGGGCCAGCUUGCCAUCUCCCACAAGACCAUCUCCCGGAAACACAUGACCAUCAAAAUCGAGCCGGUGGCCAAUGGCCGCAGCCAAAGUAUCUCGAAGCGAUCCACUGUAACCAUCGAAGACCUCGCGACGAAGACGGGCACAACGAUCGACGGCGAGAAGUACAAGGGGGAGAAGCAUGUCGUCUCCAACGAUGCCGCGGAGAUCAAGCUGGGAGGCUGUCCUGACAUUUUCAGACUCUCGUGGCACCCUGUUGUGCUGAGCUUCGGCUUCACGAGCCGCGAAAUGCGAGAAGACCCGGCCCGCCGACUCCGCGACAUGCUCGAACAGCUCGACAUCAAAUUCACGUUUGACUACAACAUCCAACACACGACACAUGUGGUGGCGAAGAAGAGGAAUACGUCCAAGGGGCUGCAGGCGCUCAUCAACGGCCGGUACAUCGUCACCGACUCGUUCGUCGACGCCAUCGUGGCCGCUGCGCUGCCGCCCGACGGGACCGAGGCAACAGACGCGUCGGCUCUGGAGCAAGACUUUCAGGCUUACUGGCCGAACCCUCUCGAGCACCUACCGCCUCGCGGCGGCGAGCCUGUUGAACGGCCGCCGGAUGCGUACGCUCCGGAUGAAGCGCGCAAAGAAAUCUUUGAGGGUUACACGUUCAUCUUUUACGACAGAAACCAGUAUGACAACCUCCUGGCGCCGAUCACCAAUGGCGGCGGCAAGGCGCUGCACACCGAGGUCACCCCCGAAAAGACAACCGUGGACGACUUUGUGCUGUUUGUCAAGACGGAGGCGGGCGAGAAGGGCCUCGGGUCUUUCGAGGACGGGAGCGAAGGACGCGGCGUGGUCGUCGUCCGCUUCACCCCUGAUAAGGGCGACCACACUGAAUGGUACGCGUCGUUUUUCUAUGAGACAUCGCUUCGGCUGGACCACCGCCCCAUUGAACAAAAUGAGUUUCUCGAGGCUAUUCUCGUCAAGGACGCCAGCAUAUUACGGAGGCCUCUGCAGACCGAAACAGUCCAGGACAGCCCGCCCAGAGCAGCGCGGAGACAAGCAGCGACUAGAGGCGGCGAUGCCAUGGAGACAGAUUCUGCGCCCGCCCCAAAUGCACCAUCGCAGGAUGUCUCGGAGUCCUCGAUGCCUGGACCGCGAGGGCAAUUGUGCCGCAAGGCUUCCACACCGAAACAACACGAGGCCAAGCGGGCCCUGCCGCGGAAAGCAGAAGACGAAGACGAAGAGGAAAGCGCAAGCGGCCAGCGCCCGACUCCCGCAGACCUCAUGGACGGCCUCAUUCCCACAGCAGCAGCCGCCAAGCGCCGGCGCCUUGAAGCCGGCGAGGACCCGAUCCGGCGGCCCUCGCCCGACGAACCCGAAGAGCCAGCGCAGCCCAAGCCGGCGCCGAAAAAGGUCAAGAGGGAGAUUGACGUCCUGGAGGAAGCGCGCAAGCGCCGCGAGGAGAUGGAGGCCCGCGCCAAAGCGGAGCGCGACGACCUCGCCCAUCUGCCCUCGGACAUUGACCUCGACGCCAUCCGCCGCCUUCACAUUGUGGAAGAGAUGGAGCUGCGGAGACCGGGCGGUGAGCGCACGCGCGAGCAGGACAUUGCCGACGGGCGGUGGGACCCGCGCUGGAACGGGCGGCGCAACUUCAAGCGGUUCCAGAAACGAGGCGCCGCGCAGGGCAGGGCGGUCAUGAAGGUCAUUGUGCAGGUGUCGGAGGUGAAGACGAAGGACUUCGGCAUCGGGGACGACUACUGGCUCGAGGGCGACACGCAGCAGAAGAAGAAGAGCGGCGGCAGCCAGUCGCAGGAGGCCAAGUCUGAGCCCUCGUCGAGGGCGACAGGUUCGUUGCGGGCACGGCCAACGCAGAUUGUGCUGUCAGACGACAGCGAUGAACAAGAGGCCAUCGAGGAGACGCCGGCUGAGGCUGCGCCGGUGACGCGGAUCAGGGGCAUCAGAAGCACGGCGACCGAGUCGCAGAGCACGGGGCCGACGUCGAGCCGCAGCCAGGCGACUGGGCGUACGACUCAGGGGAAGAGGCCUGCCGCGGAGGCGUCUAGUGAACCGCCGGCCAAGAGGCCACGGCCUGUGCGACAGAUUGUCGAGGUUCGCGAUAGCGACGAGAGCGACGACGAGCUGAAGUUUAAGUUUGGCCGACGGCGGUAG